AUACUGUGCGGAAUAGUGCUAGGCAAGCUAGCCUGCACCAUAGCCUACCGCCGCCCCUCCUCGCUCUCCUCACUCCCCUCCCCUCCUGCCGCCCGCCACAUCGCCUUCUCGGUCGCACGGAGCCUCGGCCUCUCCCCCUCUGCUGCCGCCCUCCUCUCAGGCCUCCCCCUUCCGAAACGGGAUGGGGGAGAGGAGAGGACGGCAGGCGGCGAGAAGGUGGUGCUUGGGCGGGGAGUUUUGUCUGCACCUGGGAUGGUCGGGGCGGCGGAGCGGGCGGCGGGGAGGAAGGAAUCGGUGGUGAUGGCGGCAUGUGCGUUUGGAAACUCGCUCACUCUGCCUCUGGUGUUUUUGGCAACGCUGCUCACUCGCGCUGAUGCUGACAGGGCUGCUGGGUACCUCGCACUCUUCAUGGUUGGGGCUGAUGGGUACCUGGCGGUCUUUAAGGGUGUUUUUGAGAAUUCUCCCUGCUGCAUGCUCUCCUUCCCCUCAUUUUCCUUCUGGACCCUCUCAAACACACCCUGCUGCAUGCUCUCCUCCCCCUCUGUCUCCGCUCCCUCAACCCCAUCCAGCGGAUCGACAGCCUUUUGGACCCUGGGUUACAGCAUGUUCAGAGGGGGGAGUAACAAGGACAUGCCGCCCGCUUUGCAUCCUCCCUUGUGUCCCCUCUUUCUCCCCCACCCACCACCCCUCCACCCUUUCAGUGGAUCGACUGCCUUUUGGACCCUGGGUUACAGCAUGUUUAGAGGGGGGAGUAACAGGGACAUGCUGCCCUCUUUGCAUCCUCCCUUGUGUCCCGUCUUUCUCCCCCACCCUCCACUCCCCCCCCUCCACUCUUCCAGCGGAUCGACUGCCUUCUGGACCCUGGGUUACAGCAUGUUCAGAGGGGGGAGUGAUGCGCAAGAAGAGGACGACGAGGAGGGGGGAGAGGGGAGUGCAGCAGCACAGGCGGAAGCAGCGAUGGGAGCGACAGGGUUGGAACGUGCUGCCAGCCGUGUUAUGGAGAUGGCAAAGAAAGUGCUCAACCCGCCUAUUUAUGGGGUGCUAGCAGGUCUGCUAAUAGGAGCCACACCACUCGGUCACUUCUUCCUCCCUGCCUCCUCCUCCUCUGCUGCUGCUGCCUCCUCCUCCUCUGCUGCUGCUGCCUCCUCUCUCCCAGCCUCCUCGUGGCUCUUCAGUCCUGCCACUGCCGGCAUUCUGCACGGCCUCAUGGAGGCAGCAGCCAUUCUCGGGUCAGCCUGUGUGGCCGUGCAAACAGUCGUGCUCGCCUCUUCGCUCGCCUCCUCCAUCCCCUCCCGCAUCUCCCUGUCCUGGUUCAAACCCUCCUCCUCCCCUCCUCUACCAGCCCUUUCCAACCCGGGCAUGAGAGAAAUAAUAGUGGAGCCACUCCCCUCUGUUGCUGUCAUUGCACCUGGUGCCAGUGCUGCUGCUGCUACUGGUGGUGGGAGUGGAGGGGGAGGAGGAGGUGGUGGGGGUGGGGGUGGUGGGAGUGAAGAAGGAGUUACGAGUGGUGCUGGUGGAUCAAGAGAUGGUGGGGGUGGCAGCAUUGCGAGUCAAGCAGCAGCCGGGACUCUUUCUUCGUCUGCUUCGUCUGCUGCUGCUUCUCCCUCCCCCGCUGCCGCACUGCCCUCCUUGCAAGAUGAUAGGGCGCUCUGGGUGGUGUGUGCUGUGCGCCUGCUGCUGCUGCCCAUGCUUGGAACUGUCGCAGUCACUGUGACAUUUGAAAUAGAGGAGAGGGGAGGUCCCUUCCCUGCCCAUGCUUCCUCCCUCUCUCCUCCUCCAUCUCCUCUUCCUCCCUCUCCUUUUCCAACCCCUCUCUUUCCGUCCUCUCCACUCCUCCCUCUCUUUCCGUCCUCUUCUCGUCCUCCCUCUCUCUUCCGCUCCCUCCUUUUCCACCCUCUCCUUCUCCUCCCUCUCUCUUCCGCUCCCUCUCUUUCCGGCCUCUCCUCUUCCUCCCUCUCUCUUCCAACCCCUCUCUUUCCGUCCUCUCCUCUUCCUCGCUCUCUCUUCCACUCCCUCCUUUUCCACCCUCUCCUUCUCCUCCCUCUCUCUUCCGCUCCCUCUCUUUCCAUCCUCUCAUCAUCCUCCGUCUCUCUUCCAACCCCUCUCUUUCCGUCGUCUCCUCGGCCUCCCUCUCUCUUCCACCCCCUCCCUUUUUCUCCCACCCCCUCCCUUAAACCCUCUCCUAUUCGUCACUCUCACUUCCACCCUUCCCCUUCACAAUCUCCUCUUUCUGCACCCCCCUUUCCGCCCUCCCCUUUCCAUGCUCCCCUUUUCCGCCCUCCCCUUUCCAUGCUCCCCUUUUCCGCCCUCCCCUUUCCAUGCUCCCCUUUUCCGCCCUCCCCUUUCCAUGCUCCCCUUUCCGCCCUCCCCUUCCCGCCCUCCCACUUUCCGCCCUCCCCUUUCCGCCCUCCCCUUCCCGCCCUCCCACUUUCCGCCCUCCCCUUUCCGCCCUCCCAUUUCCGCCCUCGCCUUGCCCCACAGGCACUCUACAACGCCAAGUUGAUCCCCCAAGACCCCAUCUGUGCACUCACCCUCAUGACCAGCCACCAAGCCACCACUAUUCACUCACUCAAGUCUAACCCUCCCCUCUCAUCGUCUCUGCAUCAUAGGAAUAAGAACCAUCCCCCUCAUCUAACCCUCCCCUCUCAUCGUCUCUGCAUCAUAGAACCAUCCCCCUCAUCUAACCCUCCCCUCUCAUCGUCUCUGCAUCAUAGGUCUGCUAACAGGAAUAAGAAUCAUCCCCCUCAUCUAACCCUCCCCUCUCAUCGUCUCUGCAUCAUAGAACCAUCCCCCUCAUCUAACCCUCCCCUCUCAUCGUCUCUGCAUCAUAGGAAUAAGAACCAUCCCCCUCAUCUAACCCUCCCCUCUCACCGUCUCUGCAUCAUAGAACCAUCCCCCUCAUCUAACCCUCCCCUCUCAUCGUCUCUGCAUCAUAGGAAUAAGAACCAUCCCCCUCAUCUAACCCUCCCCUCUCAUCGUCUCUGCAUCAUAGAACCAUCCCCCUCAUCUAACCCUCCCCUCUCAUCGUCUCUGCAUCAUAGGAAUAAGAACCAUCCCCCUCAUCUAACCCUCCCCUCUCAUCGUCUCUGCAUCAUAGAACCAUCCCCCUCAUCUAACCCUCCCCUCUCAUCGUCUCUGCAUCAUAGGAAUAAGAACCAUCCCCCUCAUCUAACCCUCCCCUCUCAUCGUCUCUGCAUCAUAGAACCAUCCCCCUCAUCUAACCCUCCCCUCUCAUCGUCUCUGCAUCAUAGGAAUAAGAACCAUCCCCCUCAUCUAACCCUCCCCUCUCAUCGUCUCUGCAUCAUAGAACCAUCCCCCUCAUCUAACCCUCCCCUCUCAUCGUCUCUGCAUCAUAGGAAUAAGAACCAUCCCCCUCAUCUAACCCUCCCCUCUCAUCGUCUCUGCAUCAUAGAACCAUCCCCCUCAUCUAACCCUCCCCUCUCAUCGUCUCUGCAUCAUAGGAAUAAGAACCAUCCCCCUCAUCUAACCCUCCCCUCUCAUCGUCUCUGCAUCAUAGAACCAUCCCCCUCAUCUAACCCUCCCCUCUCAUCGUCUCUGCAUCAUAGGAAUAAGAACCAUCCCCCUCAUCUAACCCUCCCCUCUCAUCGUCUCUGCAUCAUAGAACCAUCCCCCUCAUCUAACCCUCCCCUCUCAUCGUCUCUGCAUCAUAGGUCUGCUAACAAGAAUAAGAACCAUCCCCCUCAUCUAACCCUCCCCUCUCAUCGUCUCUGCAUCAUAGAACCAUCCCCCUCAUCUAACCCUCCCCUCUCAUCGUCUCUGCAUCAUAGGAAUAAGAAUCAUCCCCCUCAUCUAACCCUCCCCUCUCAUCGUCUCUGCAUCAUAGAACCAUCCCCCUCAUCUAACCCUCCCCUCUCAUCGUCUCUGCAUCAUAGGAAUAAGAACCAUCCCCCUCAUCUAACCCUCCCCUCUCAUCGUCUCUGCAUCAUAGAACCAUCCCCCUCAUCUAACCCUCCCCUCUCAUCGUCUCUGCAUCAUAGGAAUAAGAACCAUCCCCCUCAUCUAACCCUCCCCUCUCACCGUCUCUGCAUCAUAGAACCAUCCCCCUCAUCUAACCCUCCCCUCUCAUCGUCUCUGCAUCAUAGGAAUAAGAACCAUCCCCCUCAUCUAACCCUCCCCUCUCAUCGUCUCUGCAUCAUAGAACCAUCCCCCUCAUCUAACCUUCCCCUCUCAUCGUCUCUGCAUCAUAGGAAUAAGAACCAUCCCCCUCAUCUAACCCUCCCCUCUCAUCGUCUCUGCAUCAUAGAACCAUCCCCCUCAUCUAACCCUCCCCUCUCAUCGUCUCUGCAUCAUAGGAAUAAGAACCAUCCCCCUCAUCUAACCCUCCCCUCUCAUCGUCUCUGCAUCAUAGAACCAUCCCCCUCAUCUAACCCUCCCCUCUCAUCAGCUCUGCAUCAUAGGAAUAAGAACCAUCCCCCUCAUCUAACCCUCCCCUCUCAUCAGCUCUGCAUCAUAGAACCAUCCCCCUCAUCUAACCCUCCCCUCUCAUCAGCUCUGCAUCAUAGGAAUAAGAACCAUCCCCCUCAUCUAACCCUCCCCUCUCAUCGUCUCUGCAUCAUAGAACCAUCCCCCUCAUCUAACCCUCCCCUCUCAUCGUCUCUGCAUCAUAGGAAUAAGAACCAUCCCCCUCAUCUAACCCUCCCCUCUCAUCGUCUCUGCAUCAUAGAACCAUCCCCCUCAUCUAACCCUCCCCUCUCAUCGUCUCUGCAUCAUAGGAAUAAGAACCAUCCCCCUCAUCUAACCCUCCCCUCUCAUCGUCUCUGCAUCAUAGAACCAUCCCCCUCAUCUAACCCUCCCCUCUCAUCGUCUCUGCAUCAUAGGAAUAAGAACCAUCCCCCUCAUCUAACCCUCCCCUCUCAUCGUCUCUGCAUCAUAGAACCAUCCCCCUCAUCUAACCCUCCCCUCUCAUCGUCUCUGCAUCAUAGGAAUAAGAACCAUCCCCCUCAUCUAACCCUCCCCUCUCAUCGUCUCUGCAUCAUAGAACCAUCCCCCUCAUCUAACCCUCCCCUCUCAUCAGCUCUGCAUCAUAGGAAUAAGAACCAUCCCCCUCAUCUAACCCUCCCCUCUCAUCAGCUCUGCAUCAUAGAACCAUCCCCCUCAUCUAACCCUCCCCUCUCAUCGUCUCUGCAUCAUAGGAAUAAGAACCAUCCCCCUCAUCUAACCCUCCCCUCUCACCGUCUCUGCAUCAUAGAACCAUCCCCCUCAUCUAACCCUCCCCUCUCAUCGUCUCUGCAUCAUAGGAAUAAGAACCAUCCCCCUCAUCUAACCCUCCCCUCUCAUCGUCUCUGCAUCAUAGAACCAUCCCCCUCAUCUAACCCUCCCCUCUCAUCGUCUCUGCAUCAUAGGAAUAAGAACCAUCCCCCUCAUCUAACCCUCCCCUCUCAUCGUCUCUGCAUCAUAGAACCAUCCCCCUCAUCUAACCCUCCCCUCUCAUCGUCUCUGCAUCAUAGGAAUAAGAACCAUCCCCCUCAUCUAACCCUCCCCUCUCAUCGUCUCUGCAUCAUAGAACCAUCCCCCUCAUCUAACCCUCCCCUCUCAUCGUCUCUGCAUCAUAGGAAUAAGAACCAUCCCCCUCAUCUAACCCUCCCCUCUCAUCGUCUCUGCAUCAUAGAACCAUCCCCCUCAUCUAACCCUCCCCUCUCAUCGUCUCUGCAUCAUAGGAAUAAGAACCAUCCCCCUCAUCUAACCCUCCCCUCUCAUCGUCUCUGCAUCAUAGAACCAUCCCCCUCAUCUAACCCUCCCCUCUCAUCGUCUCUGCAUCAUAGGAAUAAGAACCAUCCCCCUCAUCUAACCCUCCCCUCUCAUCGUCUCUGCAUCAUAGAACCAUCCCCCUCAUCUAACCCUCCCCUCUCAUCAGCUCUGCAUCAUAGGUCUGCUAACAGGAAUAAGAACCAUCCCCCUCAUCUAACCCUCCCCUCUCAUCGUCUCUGCAUCAUAGAACCAUCCCCCUCAUCUAACCCUCCCCUCUCAUCGUCUCUGCAUCAUAGGAAUAAGAACCAUCCCCCUCAUCUAACCCUCCCCUCUCAUCGUCUCUGCAUCAUAGAACCAUCCCCCUCAUCUAACCCUCCCCUCUCAUCGUCUCUGCAUCAUAGGAAUAAGAACCAUCCCCCUCAUCUAACCCUCCCCUCUCAUCGUCUCUGCAUCAUAGAACCAUCCCCCUCAUCUAACCCUCCCCUCUCAUCGUCUCUGCAUCAUAGGAAUAAGAACCAUCCCCCUCAUCUAACCUUCCCCUCUCAUCGUCUCUGCAUCAUAGAACCAUCCCCCUCAUCUAACCCUCCCCUCUCAUCGUCUCUGCAUCAUAGGAAUAAGAACCAUCCCCCUCAUCUAACCCUCCCCUCUCAUCGUCUCUGCAUCAUAGAACCAUCCCCCUCAUCUAACCCUCCCCUCUCAUCGUCUCUGCAUCAUAGGAAUAAGAACCAUCCCCCUCAUCUAACCCUCCCCUCUCAUCAGCUCUGCAUCAUAGAACCAUCCCCCUCAUCUAACCCUCCCCUCUCAUCAGCUCUGCAUCAUAGGAAUAAGAAACGUCCCCCUCAUCUAACCCUCCCCUCUCAUCGUCUCUGCAUCAUAGAACCAUCCCCCUCAUCUAACCCUCCCCUCUCAUCGUCUCUGCAUCAUAGGAAUAAGAACCAUCCCCCUCAUCUAACCCUCCCCUCUCAUCGUCUCUGCAUCAUAGAACCAUCCCCCUCAUCUAACCCUCCCCUCUCAUCGUCUCUGCAUCAUAGGAAUAAGAACCAUCCCCCUCAUCUAACCCUCCCCUCUCAUCGUCUCUGCAUCAUAGAACCAUCCCCCUCAUCUAACCCUCCCCUCUCAUCGUCUCUGCAUCAUAGGAAUAAGAACCAUCCCCCUCAUCUAACCCUCCCCUCUCAUCGUCUCUGCAUCAUAGAACCAUCCCCCUCAUCUAACCCUCCCCUCUCAUCGUCUCUGCAUCAUAGGAAUAAGAACCAUCCCCCUCAUCUAACCCUCCCCUCUCAUCGUCUCUGCAUCAUAGAACCAUCCCCCUCAUCUAACCCUCCCCUCUCAUCGUCUCUGCAUCAUAGGAAUAAGAACCAUCCCCCUCAUCUAACCCUCCCCUCUCAUCAGCUCUGCAUCAUAGAACCAUCCCCCUCAUCUAACCCUCCCCUCUCAUCGUCUCUGCAUCAUAGGAAUAAGAACCAUCCCCCUCAUCUAACCCUCCCCUCUCAUCAGCUCUGCAUCAUAGAACCAUCCCCCUCAUCCAACCCUCCCCUCUCAUCGUCUCUGCAUCAUAGGAAUAAGAACCAUCCCCCUCAUCUAACCCUCCCCUCUCACCGUCUCUGCAUCAUAGAACCAUCCCCCUCAUCUAACCCUCCCCUCUCAUCGUCUCUGCAUCAUAGGAAUAAGAACCAUCCCCCUCAUCUAACCCUCCCCUCUCAUCGUCUCUGCAUCAUAGAACCAUCCCCCUCAUCUAACCCUCCCCUCUCAUCGUCUCUGCAUCAUAGGAAUAAGAACCAUCCCCCUCAUCUAACCCUCCCCUCUCAUCAGCUCUGCAUCAUAGAACCAUCCCCCUCAUCUAACCCUCCCCUCUCAUCAGCUCUGCAUCAUAGGAAUAAGAACCAUCCCCCUCAUCUAACCCUCCCCUCUCAUCGUCUCUGCAUCAUAGAACCAUCCCCCUCAUCUAACCCUCCCCUCUCAUCGUCUCUGCAUCAUAGGAAUAAGAACCAUCCCCCUCAUCUAACCCUCCCCUCUCAUCGUCUCUGCAUCAUAGAACCAUCCCCCUCAUCUAACCCUCCCCUCUCAUCGUCUCUGCAUCAUAG